GUAGUCUCAACAGAGAGCACAAGCAUGGCGGCCUCUAUCGCAAGGGGCUACCAGGCUGCAAAGGGUCUGGGCCCGAGCUUUCGAUCCACCAGGGCUCUCCUCCCUGUGUCAACCUCUGUCGCCAGCCGGGUCCUGGCGGGGCCGGGCCGGCGGCAGAUCACUGGACCUUCUGAGCCUGGCGUGUUCCAGCCACCGCCGAAACCAGUUAUAGUGGACAAGCGCAGUCCUCAACGCCGGGAAAGCAGGUUCUUGAGUCCUGAAUUCAUUCCUCCAAGGGGAAGAACAAAUCCUCUGAAAUUUCAAAUAGAAAGAAAAGAUAUGUUAGAAAGGAGAAAGAUACUGCACAUUCCAGAGUUCUACGUUGGAAGCAUUCUUCGUGUUACUACUGCUGACCCAUAUGCCAAUGGAAAAACCAGCCAGUUUCUGGGGAUUUGCAUCCAGAGAUCGGGAACAGGACUUGGAGCUACUUUUAUCCUUAGGAAUACUAUUGAAGGACAAGGUGUUGAGAUUUGCUUUGAACUUUAUAAUCCUCGAAUCCAGGAGAUCCAAGUUGUCAAAUUAGAGAAACGGCUCGAUGAUAGUUUGCUAUACUUGCGAGAUGCCCUUCCUGAAUACAGCACUUUUGAUAUGAACAUGAAGCCAGUAGCACAAGAACCUAGCCAAGAAGUUCCUAUUAAUCAGCUAAAAGUAAAAAUGAAGCCAAAACCCUGGUCCAAACGCUGGGAACGUCCAAAAUUUAAUGUUAAAGGGAUCAGAUUCGACCUUUGUUUAACCGAAGAGCAAAUGAAAGAAGCCCAGAAGUGGAGUCAGCCAUGGCUUGAGUUUGAUAUGAUGAGGGAAUAUGACACAUCGAAGAUUGAAGCUGCAAUAUGGAAUGAAAUUGAAGCAUCGAAAAAUUCCUGAUCUGAGAAUGGGUUUGGUUACUGGCAGAGGAUAUACUGACUCUCAGAGGAUUUAUUUAGAAACCAAUUUAAUCUCAUAUAUUAGGACAUAGUCAUUAAAUCAGUUAAGUGUUAUUUUAUGAAUUUUAUUUAAAAAAUCAUCACACCCGUUUAUUAUUUUAAAAAAUGUUCAUGCCAAGUGGUCUGAUGUCCAUUCUUUUAAUGGAGGCAAAGCUAUAAUAGCAUCAAACUGUUACUGGAAUGCUCUUCAUUGAGCUUGGGAUAGGAACAAGGAAGUCGGUAGGAUGAUUUUUUGAAUUUGUGAAAUAAAUUAUAAAUACAAAAAGGU